UGUUUGUUUGCCGACACACAGUGUCGCAGCGUCUUGCCGUGUACUCACCGUCCACCCACCAGCUUCUCAGUCUCUCCCCUUUGCCUUGUUCAGCGAUACCCCAUUGCGGCGUUAUGGAAUACAAAUUGAUUACCGAGGAACGCUAUGACGAUGUCAUUCGACAUUUAUGUGAUAAUUUUUUUGCCGAUGAGCCACUGAAUAAGGCAGCUGGGCUGUGUCGUCGUGGUGAGGGUCAUCGCGAAUUGGAACAUCUUUGCUACGAGACACUUAAGGAUAAUUUGAGUUUAAUGGCUGUGAAUGAGAAUAACGACAUUGCCGGCGUUCUCCUCAAUGGCGUCGUUUAUCCGAAUGGUAUCGUACAUGCCCAGGAGCGCAUUGAGCUCAGUGAUGACGAGCGAUUCAAGAAAAUAUUCCGACUAUUAAAUGAGCACAAUUUGCGUGCUAACAUUCUCGGGCAUUUCAAUGUAGAACGUGCUUUCGAGGUCCGUAUGCUUUCAGUGGAUGGUCGCUUUCGAGGACAGGGUAUUGCCAAAGAGCUGGUGCGGCGUAGCGAACAAAUAGCGAGAGAUUUUGAAUUUAAGCUCAUGAAAGCCGACGCAACGGGGAUUUUCUCUCAAAAAAUUCUGAAAUCCAACGGCUUCAAAGUACUCAGCGAGCUUUACUAUGACAAAUACACAGAUGAAUUUGACAAGCCAUUGCUGCUGGUGGAAGCGCCGCACAUUAAAUUACAGUUACUGUACAAAUUAUUGGAGUAAGAAAAGUAUUAAUUCGCGUCGGCGAAAAUAUUAUAUAUGUACAAGUUCAUAGCACACAAAAAAUUUAAUUGAAGAUAAUAAAUAAUGAAAGAAUAGUAAUAUAAAAGUAAACAAAAAAAAAUAA